UUACUUCCGGGACCUGUGGUUUUGUAAAUACCCCGGAGCCUGGUGGGGGAGUCCCUGGGCGGCUCUAGCCCCCCCCACCCCCGGGAUCGGGGCCAUGGGGAACUGCCUGUCCUCCCAGUCGGCCGAUGACCUGUCCCUGCUCAACGAUUCGGACGUGGCCAGCCUGCCCGGGGAGCCCCCGCCGCCGUACCAGGAGAGGGAUGCUAUUCCCGUGUAUCACCCCACACCCAGCCAGACCCGCCUUGCAACCCAGCUUACAGAGGAAGAGCAAGUGUGGAUAGCCCAAAGAAUUGGACUUAUACAGCAUCUUCCUAAGGGCAAAUAUGAUCCAGGAUCUGACCAUGCAGAGAAGAAGCUUAAAGAGUGUGUGAUUUGCAUGUUGGACUUUGUUAGCGGAGACCCUGUACGCUUCCUCCCCUGUAUGCACAUUUACCAUGUGGAAUGUAUAGACGACUGGCUAAUGAGGUCGUUUACCUGCCCUUCAUGCAUGGAGCCAGUGGAUGCUGCUCUCCUCUCAUCCUACGAGACACACUGAUUGGCUGUACACACAAGUACUCCAAAUCCAUAUUAACAACGGAGCCGCUGAGGCUAUUCCCUACUGGUACUGGCCAAUGAUGUGUGUUUAACUAUGGAAAGAUCAUCUGCAGAAGAUCACUGUUCUUCUAAAAGGCUUAGCAAUGUCAGUGUAUCUUCGUACAUGGAGGAGUGGAAUUGCUUCAGCAAGUCUGUAUCAAACAGACAGGAUGUGCUCUGGCUUACAGGAUUGAAUUCCCCAGCUUAAUGGACUGUACUUUUGCAGGCAUAAGGCUUUCUAAUAGCAAAUAUGUUUAAAGUAGUCCAUUUUGGUAUAUAACAAACAUGGAUACAUAAUAUUGCUGUUUUUU